UAUAGCUAAAAAGUGGAGGGAGAAGCGAAAGCCAAAUGAAUCUUCUCUAUAUAAGCGCCUCCACCCCUCACUCCUAAGGCCAUCAUCAUACCCUACGGGCUCCCAACUGGGGUGGGUUUCUCUGGCAGCCAUGGUCUCCGCAGACAUCAUCCGCACCGUGGUGGGGAUCUUAGGAAAUGUUAUUGCGCUAGGCUUGUUCUUGUCUCCAGUGCCAACCUUUUAUAGGAUAUGGAAGAAGGGUUCGGUGGAACAGUUCUCACCGGUCCCAUAUCUUGCCACCCUUCUCAACUGCAUGUUUUGGGUGGUCUACGGGCUGCCUCUAGUGCACCCUGGCAGCACUCUGGUCCUGACCAUCAAUGGGUCCGGAUCCUUUAUAGAGCUCUUCUAUGUGUUCCUCUUCAUCUUCUAUUCGGAAGGGCCUCGGAGGCUUCGCGUGCUCCUUAUUCUCCUCACCGAGAUCGCCUUCGUGGGCGCCGUGGCUCUCUCUGUCAUUGAAGCCACCCCCAGCUACGAUCGCCGCUCUUUGAUCAUUGGAAUUCUGUGUGUCUUCUUUGGCACCAUGAUGUACGCCGCUCCGUUAUCAGUCAUGAAACUGGUGAUUCAGACAAAGAGCGUGGAGUACAUGCCUCUUUUCCUCUCAGUUGCCUCUUUCCUCAACGGCGCUUGCUGGACCACCUAUGCUCUCAUUCGUUUUGACCUUUUCAUCACUAUACCGAAUAGCCUUGGAGUGUUAUUUGCGGUUGCUCAGCUGGUUCUAUACGCCGUGUACUACAAGUCUACAAGGAGACAGAUUGAAGCUCGGAAGAGCAAGGCAGAGACGAGUGUGGUAGAGGUGGUCGUGAUGGAAGAGAGCAACAAGAUUUGCAAGGCAACCCAGAAUGGCUCUCACCCGGAGACGCAGAACACAUGAUGCAGCAACACAGACAUAAGUCCCUAUUUUCCCAUUCCGCGUUGUUAGCCGUGUGUCGGUUUGUCUUCUUUUUUUUUUUUUAUCUUCCUCCGCGUCUUGGUCUUAUGAUGUCUUUUUAGUUUAUGAGACAUCCAGGUUUUCAUCUCAACCAAGACAUCGGUUGUACUUCUCCUGUGAUCUGACUUCAGAGCCCCCCUGUUUCUCUCAUUUCAGCCUCUUGUAACACGCCGCUUCUCAGCUUUCAGCUGUAAAUACUCGUUGAAAUAAAAGACAGGUGGCUGCUUUAUCAAGCUCUUUUUAA